AUGCUGGACCACGUCAGGCCUGUUUCUUCCUCCCCAGAGUACAGUUUCGUUCCAGAAGAGAUUUUCCAAGCCCUGACCUGUGCUAGCAGUUCUCUUGGCAGCCCAGACUACUUACAGUCCCACCAAAAAACAAAAAACAGAGUGAGCUUCAGGGGCUGCUUGCGAACCCCCGAUCGGCUUUGGCAUUAUCCUAAUCGUCGGAGCAAGUUCAGACACUUGACAGACCACCCUGUCAGCUUGACAGGUGCUGGAAGGGAUGUCUCUUAUUUGUGUGAUGUGAUGAUCCAAGAAGAUAAAACAGUGGCCCUCAAAAGCUCUUUUUCUCAGAGUCCUCAGGAACAAAGCAGUGGUACAGUCUCAAGUACUCCUCAAGCAACCCUAGCAGAUAAUCUGGUUCCCGAGGAAUUUCACAUCGUGAGAAAGCAGGGAGUUUUGCCCUUGAAGUACUUUGAUGAUAAGUACACAACUCUGCUUGAAGACAGUGAAAAGAGACUACAUCUGUUCCCGUCCAUGAAACCUUCUGGGAGGUUAGAGGUCAUACAGCUGAUGGAGGCAAUGGACAGCAUGUUGGAAAAAGCUGGAGUAGAUGAGCUGAUUGGAGUAACAGGACCUUCACAGCUGCACAACAUGCUGGAGCUGAUGAAGGCAGAGCAGAACAUCUACAAUGUAGUUUUCCAUGAGAUGAUUCGGCAGGUCAGCGUGGACUGCAAGGAGAGAGGACAGCUGCUUUCUAAACUCAGACAGAGGUAUGUGGAUCUCCUGGAGCGUAUUCCUCAGCAGAUGAAGACACUCUACAAAAAAAUGAUGGCUCAGCAACUGGUUGACAGACAUAUUACAGAAGAACUACUCUAUUUUAAGGAGUGUGUUGCACAGCUGGCCAGCGAACUACAUGAGGUACGAGAACAUGACUGCAAGGUGACCAAAGAAGCAGAAAAAGUUCAAAAGGAGCUAGCUGCAGCCAUGCAAGAGGCAGAGGCAAAUGCAAACCUUUUGGAACAGUAUCGAGAGUUAUACGAGUUACAGAGGAGAAGGCUGGAAGACCAGGUUCUGGUGGUAGCUCAAGAGAGAGACAUCUGGAGCUCAGCUGCAUGUAACCUUGCUCUGAUGAUAAUAGAAAGAAACCAACUCACAUUGAUUCGCAGGCUCCAUAUAAGUGGGAAGGCUCUGACCAAAGUUCUCAAGCAUUUCAUAGUCCUUCUGGCCUCAAAGGAUCUGAGAGACCUUGCUGAUCUACAGGAGGAGACCGAGCAGUUCAAAGGAAUAUUAGGUCAUGUUGGAGCAGAGACAGAGCAUUUGGAGGAGUCCAGCAAGGAAAAACUGCAAAUUGUGCUCAGAAACCUCAACAAGUGGCUACAGUACCAACACAGUAACUUUUCUUUUCAGAUGAAAGAAGAGCUAUUGGAUGAGAUCUUAGAAGAUAUGAAGCUCUUAAUAAAUAUGCUGAAGGAAGAUGUGCAGCUGUAUGCAGGGGAGACAUAUCUAGCCAAGACUGAAAGUCUCAGGAGUGCUGCCAGGAUACAGGGACACUGGACAGAGCUAGGAGAAACGGUGCUGAGUCGACACCGGGACUUAACUGGAGCAUUGCCUCCACAGCUCACUGCCCUGGAAGAAAUAAACCAAAGUGCACGUGAACUCUAUCAGCAAUAUAACAUAAGGAUAAGUGGGAAUAAUGGCACAGCCAGUUUUUUGACAGUCUUGGUGAGAAGCAUGGAAGAUUGGUUACUCAAGGCGCAAAAGCUAACGCGAGGUUCUGGCAUGCAUGAAACUGAACUGCAGGCAUUUUAUCACAUGAUUCCUUCAUGGUUGGCCCAAGUGGAUGCAUUAAUGAGCAUUAUAGGCUCCAGUCAGUUGCAUAAAGCUGAAAGUGAUAUGGAAUUGCAUUUCCCGGUGGUACCUAGAGAAUUUUUUAAGAGGAUUCAACAAUGGAUUUUGUCCGUGAAUACUGAGGUUGAGAAGAGCACCACGCAUCUUAAUGAAGAAGUGACUGAACUGCACAGGAACCUGACCCUGUGGCUGGUGAAUUUGCUGCAAUAUGUGAUAGCGGAUCACUUGUCCUGUGAGUGUCCCCAGCAGCAAGAGGCAGACUUCGAGAUGGGCAAGGAGCUCAGUCUUCAGAGUGCUCAGGAACUACAGGAAGAAGCAGAAAAGCUGAUUGCCAAGAUGUGUGUACUGUCUGGUUCUGUAGUCAGCUGCUGCCGUGAGAUUGUCAGCGCAAUUGUUCGGAAGAAACGGUCACAGAAGGAUGCAGAAGCUGAUUUUGAGCUAGAGGAGCUGGAUAAACUCAAGACUGAGUGCUGUAAUUGGAUUCAAGUGUGUAGCCUUCUCCUUUCAGAGAUCAAAGGCACUCCAGUCUCCUUUCUGCAUUUAGAAGAACUGAGAAACCUCUUUGGAUCAGAGGAAUUGGAGUUGAAACUUAAGGACACUAUCAUUUCCUCAACUCAAGAAGGGCUUAAAGCUGAUGAUGCCAACAGUGAAAAGAAACAAAUAACAGAGAAAGAAACAUCAACAGUAAAGGAGAAAAUCGUCCUUAUGCAGGAGGAACCAGGUGCUGGUACAGAUGAUAUGAGUGAAGGUGAUGAAACUACUACAGACGUGAUCAGAUAUGUAGGACAAGACUCCAACAUCCACCUGAAAUCCUUGAAGUCAGACAUCAUUUCAGUUACAGGGAGAGAGAUGACUGCCAGCAAGUCGUCAACUCCCUUUUCUCAGAAAGAGUUUGAAGCCCUGGCACUGCUGGAACACCUGCAAGUGCAGCUUAUAGAAACAGAAAUCCGUGCUCAGAAUGCAGAGCAGAGAUCUGAAGAUUUUGAGAAGAAGCUGGAAGAAGCCCUGGAGAGAAUCCAGGAGCUAGAGAGUGAGCUGGAGAAAAGGGGCAAAGUCGUCCCAGAACCAACACCUAAAGAAGGGCAAGAAAAAUGUUUACAAGAAAGCUUGCCUGAAGGGGAAGCCUGCUCAACUCCCAAAACUUCCACCUCUGGCCAGCACAAGCAAUCCAGAAAAAGCAAAAAAUAAAAAAUA